CUGCGCAAUAGGUAUGGUAAUUUUAAAAGAGGGUGAUUUAUAUGAGCUUCAGUAAAUGCUGCAUAUUGUAUUUCAAAGAGUUUCCUGUCAUGACCUCAUAAAAAGAGGAGGAGGCUUGUAUGUGUUGCAGCGCCUAGUAUAUGUCGAUUUUGUUGCAUCGUUGGGCAGCAGCGCUGUAAGAAGGAAUGUCAGCUUUUACAUAACGCUCUUUUUGCUUUUGACUCUGUGAGGGGCUGUAAGGGUCCAUCUUUGUGAUCACAGAUGGAGUGGAAUGGCUUGAAAAUGAUAAUUAGCACCAUGGAGCCUCAGGUGUCGAAUGGCCCUACUUCCAAUACAACCAAUGGACCCUCCAGCAACAGUAGAAACUGCCCUUCCCCCAUGCAGACAGGGGCUGCUACAGAUGACAGCAAAACCAACCUCAUAGUCAACUAUUUACCCCAGAACAUGACCCAGGAGGAGUUCAGGAGUCUCUUUGGGAGCAUUGGUGAAAUCGAAUCCUGCAAGCUCGUGAGAGACAAAAUUACAGGGCAGAGUUUAGGGUAUGGAUUCGUUAACUAUAUUGAUCCAAAGGAUGCAGAGAAAGCCAUUAACACUUUAAAUGGACUCAGACUCCAGACCAAAACCAUAAAGGUGUCGUAUGCCCGUCCAAGUUCAGCAUCAAUCAGAGAUGCGAACUUGUAUGUCAGCGGCCUUCCGAAAACAAUGACCCAGAAAGAAUUAGAGCAGUUAUUCUCACAAUAUGGGCGCAUCAUCACCUCACGGAUUCUGGUUGAUCAAGUCACAGGGGUUUCUCGAGGUGUGGGAUUUAUCCGUUUUGAUAAGAGAAUAGAGGCAGAAGAAGCCAUAAAGGGACUAAAUGGCCAGAAGCCCAGUGGUGCUACAGAACCAAUUACUGUGAAGUUUGCCAAUAACCCCAGCCAGAAAACAAGCCAGGCACUCCUUUCACAGCUGUAUCAGUCUCCCAACAGACGCUACCCUGGACCACUUCACCACCAGGCUCAGAGAUUCAGGCUGGACAAUUUGCUUAAUAUGGCCUAUGGCGUAAAGAGGUUUUCUCCGAUCACAAUUGAUGGUAUGACGAGCCUUGUUGGAAUGAAUAUCCCUGGUCACACCGGGACUGGAUGGUGCAUCUUCGUCUACAACUUGUCUCCUGACUCAGAUGAGAGCGUGCUGUGGCAGUUGUUUGGUCCCUUUGGAGCAGUCAAUAAUGUCAAGGUGAUCCGUGAUUUCAACACCAACAAGUGCAAGGGAUUUGGCUUUGUCACCAUGACCAACUACGACGAAGCUGCCAUGGCGAUUGCCAGCCUUAAUGGAUACCGUUUAGGAGACAGAGUAUUGCAAGUUUCCUUUAAAACCAAUAAAACCCACAAAUCCUGAAUUUCAUAUCCUUACUUACUAAAAUAUAUAUAUAUAAAUAUAUAUACGAACAAAACAAAAAAAAAAAACUCUUCAAGGCUUAUAUUCAACCAUGGACUUUAUAAGCCAGUGUUGCCUAAGUAUUAAAACAUUGGAUAUCCUGUGAGGAACAGGAAAGGAUUUUAUAAUGCUUAGAAAAAAAAAAAAACCUUUGAUGCAUUGAAUGUUCUUUCAUAGCUGUCGUUGUUGAAUAUAAUAUACAUAGAUAACAAUGUGCAGGGAUUUUUACCCGGCCAGCUAGUUUUACUACCUUCCUUGAAGGUGGGUCUUUUUAAGAUGACCAUUCACUCAUUUGAAAAAAUAAUAAAACAAAAACAAUUUUUACGAACUAAUGGGAUUAAAAGCAAGAAAAAAUUUUUGUUUUUCUUUUCUUUUUUCAAAACAUUGAUUGAAUCAGAUUGGUAAACCCCCCACAUAAAUUAAAGAGGAACAAUAAAAAUUGCAAAAAGAGGAACAUAAUUUUGCAACUUUUUUUAUUUUUCCUUUUUUCUUUUGUAUCAUGUGAACUAAACAGUCUUCUGUUAGGGAAUGGGGUAAAGGGGGAUACCUGAUGACAUAACAAUUUAAAUAACAUUAACAAUGUUGCCAAAGAGGUGGUCUCUUUGCUGAAAAUGGGUUUCAAGAAAAAUCUAUUUUUAUAAAAUAUAAAGAAUUUUUACAAGAGAAUCUGGAUUUGAGAAAAAAUAUUUUGACUGGCUAAUUUAGGGGAAAUUGACAACUUUGUCAUGUUCAUACUGCACUGGUAACUUUUUAGAGAUCAAGAUGUGUGUUUUAAACUGGAUUAGUAGAUUGUUUUUUGAAGGAUGGGCUACAAACAGAUGAUCUUCGUAUCUUUUCAUAGCAUGUAAUAAAAAUAUUAAAUACAGUACGGGAGAGUGUUCUUCCCAGGCACGCAGUUACCCACAGUCAAAACCCAAAAGCAAGGAGAUGAGUUGCAAGACGGUUUUUCUUUAAGUCAUCAGUAUGGGAUAUCAGCAGAACAAAAGUUAAAAAAAAUUAAUUUUUUGAUCAAAAACUUCCUUGGUUUGAGCAGUAGGUGCUACAAAAUUAUUUACAUAUCUUAGUAUCAUAGUUAAAUGUAAUGUGUUUAGAAAAAAUACAUUUGCUUUAAAUUUGUUAAGAAUUUUCAAAUUCACUUUAUAGCCCAAGCUAAUAUAAUUGGGCUGUGUUGGCACAUUUGGAACACUGUUUAUGUUGCUUGAAACACUUAUUUAUUUAAUUGCCGAUGUGAUGCAUAUGGCCAAAAUCAAAUAUAGCUAGUUUGGCUAGUCUACUUAUUUGUUUACUUAAACUAUGGGAAGAAGCAUAUUAUUGUGUCAUUUUGUUGUGUGUGUAUGUGUAUAUAUAAUAUAAAUAUAUAUAUAUAUAAAGUUAUUUUUUCUUUUGGUUAAUUUAUUAUAAGUUGUAACACUUUGCUAGUUUUGUUUGUAUAUGUCUUAAAAUGUUUUCUUAUGAUACUUAAGUGACAGAGGUAUCAAGGUAACUUGUGUAGAAAUAUUGUUUGAUAUAUUGUCAUGUUUGUUGUGAAUAUUUUUUCUUACUGCACAGUAGAAAAGAAAACAACUGGGUCUUUAUUUUAAUGUAAUUCAGAUUGGGGAAAACAGAGCUAAGGGAACAAAAUGACUGAGGGGGUGCUCUCCCAUGUCCAGUGCACUGAUCAUUUUAGUAUGUUUGUGCUUUGUAUGGUUAUAUAUUUAAAACAAAAAAGGGUCAUGCUCUUCCCUGAGUACUAGAAACAGUUACUCGCUAUGCAUAAUCUAGUUGAUAGUUAAAUUUGCUAUUGCUUUUCUUGUCUUGUUAUAUAAAAUCUUUUCAAUACAAGUUUAGUCUUAAUGGUAAUAAAACGUUAUGGUUAUUUAUAACUUGUGCUUAUUUUGUGCAUUUUUUCCAUGCUAUACCCACUAACUGCAUGUAGACUAAGUAUUGUUUUUUCACACUGAAGAGGCAAACUUUUGUAGUAGACAAAUAACUAAAGCAAAGGCUGCAUCAUAAUUUUAUCAGUUUUUUACUUUAACAAUGUUAGAUUUUAGUUUAAAGGAACACUCAUUCAAUGUUCAGGGAAACCUUUAUACAUCAUCUGCUAUGAAUGAGCGCAGUUUGCUGGGAAAGUUUUGAUGCAUUUGCUAAGCAUUAGUGGGGAAGGCAUGUCAGAAUCUUUUCUCUACGAUGUGUUUUACUAUCUGAAUAAUAAUAAUAAUUUAAAAAAAAUCUUUCUUAGGACCAGGCAGUUGUAUACUUUAGUUAUAAUGAAUGACUUCAUGUUAACCUUGCUAGUUUAGAUCAUUUCUGAGGGAAAGUAUUGUAAAUGUUUUUUUCAUAACCUUGUUGUGUUUGAAUUAUUUGUACUUUAAUUGUCCAGACAAUAAAUGAAAGUGUGUAGAAUGGC